UCCACUUCCACUUUGUUGGGUCUAUAUGCAAGUCAUUGGAUCUAUGGAAGAGAAAGAAAACAAAAACAAAAAUGAGACAUUUUGUCUAAGCUUUCAAGCCUGGCCGGCCAUUUGUAAUAACAGUAUCUACACCACGAUGCAACAAUAUUUUUCUAUUGGAUAUAAGUUCGUUUCAACAAAGUUUCCACACUCCACUAGGCUAGCUACUCUUUAACAAUCUUUGAAAACAACGAAAACAAACAAUAUAUUUUAGCCUCUUUUCCAAUGCUAAACCAAGAAUAGGAGCAAAAAACAUUGGAAUUCUCAUUUCCUGUUCAACAUUUUCCCUAUAAAUUUCUCUCCUUUCUUUCCCAAUUUUUCUUAGGAAACUUGCAAAAAAGCUGAGGAAGAGAUAUAGAGAGAAAUCAGAAUAUACUAAAAGAAAAGGAUGACGUCAAAGGGAGAAGCUCUUCUUUUGGACUUCUGGGCCAGUCCAUUUUGUGCUCGGGCCAAGAUAAGCCUAUAUGAAAAAGGAGUGAAUUUUGAAUGUCGUGAAGAGGACCUCUUUGGUGGGAAAAGUGACUUGUUGCUGAGGUCCAAUCCAAUUCACCAAAAAGUUCCCGUUCUUUUACACAACGGAAAGCCCAUCCUUGAAUCCACCAACAUAGUUACUUACAUUGAUGCCGUUUGGCCUUCACCUCCUCUUAUUCCAUCUUCACCAUAUGAGGCAGCUCAAGCCAGGUUCUGGGCUGACUUCAUUGACAAAAAGGUGUUUGAUGCGGGCAGCCAAAUAUGGAGGAGUCAAGGAGAUGAACAAGAGGUGGCCAAGAAGAACUUCAUAGAGAUUUUGCAACAGCUUGAGGAAGCUUUGGGAAACAAAAAGUUCUUUGCUGGCGAUGUCUUUGGGUUCGUUGACAUCCUUUUGAUCCCCAUAACCAGCUGGUUUCUUACUUAUGAAAAAAUUGGGAGCUUUAAAGUUGAGGACCGUGUCCCUAAAUUAUCAGCUUGGAUUAAGAGGACCAAACAAAGAGAGACUGUAGCCAAAGCUCUUCCAGACCCAGAAAAGGUCUAUGAAUUUAUCGUCGGGAUGAGGAAGCAGCUAGGAAUUGAAUAGUUAAAUGCAUGCCAUUUGACACAAGAAAGAAAGAAAGAAAAUGUGUUACUAUCAAAGCCACCAAAUUAGUUGCUAAAUUUACAUACCAAAUGCACGUCAGAAGACUUCUUUAUGUAAAAAAUAAGUAGGAUCAACUACAA